UGUGAGAUAGACGAAGAGAAGGAGAGAGAGAGAGAGAGAGAGAGAGAGAGAGAGAGAGAGAGAUAUCGAUAUCGAUAUCAAUAUCAAUAUCAUUUGUGGUAUCGGGUCGAAGAAGUUGUUGACUCCUGAAGGAAGUAGCUUGUUUCACCGAACUGCUGCAGCUGGCGUUCGCGACAACAGUUCCUUAAGGAAGUCGAUUUCAGGGCUUCCUGGGGCGCCGUGUUUGCCGAGGUGAGUUGAUGUUCAGCUCGGAUUCACCACAAAACGUCGCUCUUUGGCACAUGAACACCAUAAAGUCCGUAAAGUCCAGAAACACCGUAAAGUCCGAGUUAAAGACGCGUGCAGUGAGAAGCAGACGGACUUCGAGGACCUGGAGACAGAUCAGUGAGGAGACCGUGAGGAGGAGGAACCUCUGCAGAGUCCACUUUACAUCAACAACAAAGAGGUGACAUCCAGCACAAUCAGAAUGGGAGGCGGUGAGAGAUACAACAUUCCAGCACCCCAUCCCGAUCACUCUGCCUCCAAAAAGCACCACCACGUUGGCAAGGCCAAGCCCAGGUGCAGGAACCAGCACGCCGGCGCCUUUUCCACAUCUCCCGGUGCUCCGACCUCUCCCGAGAAACUGACAGAGAAGAACGGCGGCUCCGUUCGCUUCUCCUACAGCAAUCAGUGCUGGGGAGGAGCCGUGACUCACCUGAACAACAUUCUGGUCACACAGUGCAGCCAUGCCUACGCCGGUGCCAAAUUCAGCGAGCCGCCUUCUCCUAGUGUUCUCCCCAAACCUCCUAGUCACUGGGUUUCCCUUCCCAUGAUUCCCUGUGAUCGACGUGAGAUGAUGGCCUUUCAGUUGAAGAGCCUUCUCAAAGUACAGGCGUAAAAAUCAAUGUUAACGAACCGUCAGUGACUUCAUACCAGGCUCCACUCCCCUGCAACGCUGCAGCGCUGUGAUUUUAAUUGGGACCAUUUCUGCAAACGGUUCCUCUUUAACUGUAUAUAGUUUUUUUUUAAAAGUUUAGCACAGAUAUUGCGUCACUGCAGCCUUACAGGAGGGAGGAGCGGUUAACGGAGUCCAACAUCUAGAUGAACAAAACGAAUUUCCUUCUGAACGAUCUCAUGUUUUUUUGUUUUUUUUUGUUGGCCGUUAACGAUAGUCAGUGUGUGAUGAGAGACGUCCUCACACAUCACAACAUUUUUA